AAAAGUGUGCUUCAACACCUGUUAAGAAUUCCCGAAGUAAACAAUAAAUAAAAAAGAGUUUAAAACUUUAAUUUACCCGGUUAUUUUGUAUUUAUUGCAUCUGUUGCAAUUUGUAAUCCAUAUUGGUUCAUAAAUCAUUUUAACACUCAAGGAAUAUAACAACAGAAACAGGGUGCCCUAAAGAUUUAAAAAAUGUUUAAAUUCAACUUCCAUGUGGAUGCUGAAACUUCAGAUACAGCUUUUGAUCUGCCAAAGGAGGAUAAAACUUCUGAAAAUGAACGAGAAACAAAAGAGGAAGUUACCUGGUAUCAAGCCGAGCAUGUAAAGCCUACUGAAGCUCUAUUAACAAAUCUAGAUUUGUACGAACUAAAUGCCAAAGACCUUAAAGUUGGUAAUAUAGAAUUGCGUCAUCUUAUAGCCGGUUUCGUCCUUGAUGAUAUAAAAACGCAUCAAGAUGGAGAUAGCACGGAUAUUAAGAAAUCAGAAGAUAAACUCUCGGAUUUAAUUACAGGAGUCUACGAAGGUGGAGCUAAAAUGUGGGAGGGUACAGAUGAUAUAUUAUUGUAUUUAGCAGAAAACUUUAAGGAAUCCUUUUGGAAAGACAAACAUGUACUCGAUCUGGGCUGUGGUUCUGGACUAUUGGGCAUAUAUGCCGUGAAAUGUGGAGCUAAAGUAGACUUUCAAGAUUAUAACAAAGAUGUUCUGGAAAACAUUACUCAGCCAAAUGUCGUACUAAAUCUAAAGGAUACUUCGAAAGAUGAUGAAAAACUGAAAAUUUUGGAGGAAAAUACAAAGUUCUUCUCUGGAGAUUGGUCACAUUUUGCCUUAUUGACCAAGGAUUUAAAUAAAUAUGAUAUAAUUCUUACUGCCGAGACAAUUUAUAAUAUAGAAAAUCAACAGAAACUUAUAGAUACUUUUAGUAGUCGACUAAAAUCCGAUGGACUAGUAUUAGUGGCUGCCAAAUCACACUAUUUUGGUGUGGGUGGCGGCUUAGAACAAUUUAUAGAAGUAAUUAAGAAGAACGGAAUAUUCGAGAGUAAAAAUGUUUGGCAUACAGACGAAAAUUUAAAGCGAGGCAUUUUAGAAUUAAAAUUUAAAUAAAGUUUAUGAAAAGAA